UGUAAGAAAUAACACACUUGAUUCUUGAAGUAAUGUAGUGUUAUUUUUUGAUCAGUGUUUUUCUUAUGCACUGAGUAGGACACUUGUCCAGUUGUAUUUAAAAAAAAAAAUCAAAAAAUCAAAUCUUGCAGAAGAAGGAUAUGAGUGUGUUGUGAAGUAAUUAGCCUCCAACUAAUAAAAAUAAAUGAAAAAAAAGAAGGAUAUGAGUGGAUAUACAUGUAAGUGUAAUAAAGUGGCCCCUUGAUCAGAGGAUUUCUCCUAGAACCUUGCUUCAUACUGGUUACAUUUUAAUAAUUCACAUUUAAAUAAAGCAGGUGGUCAUUGAUCUGUCUGCUGGAACUGACCCCAUUUAUGUCUCACAUUUGUCAUCUGCAGGGUGCACUCUCUGUGACCGAGCCUAUCCCUCAGACUGCCCUGAUCACGGACCGGUGACUUUUGUUCCUGAUAGUCCAAUAGAGAGCAGAGCCAGGCUUUCUCUCCCAAAGCAGCUUGUUCUCCGCCAGUCAAUGGUGGGAGCAGAUGUUGGUGUAUGGACUGGAGAAACCAUCCCUGUUCGGACUUGCUUUGGGCCUCUCAUUGGCCAGCAAAGUCACUCCAUGGAAGUAGCAGAAUGGACAGACAAGGCGGUUAAUCAUAUCUGGAAGAUAUACCACAAUGGUGUCCUAGAAUUCUGCAUCAUUACAACUGACGAAAAUGAAUGUAAUUGGAUGAUGUUUGUGCGCAAAGCCAGGAAUCGGGAAGAACAGAAUUUGGUGGCUUAUCCCCAUGAUGGAAAAAUCUACUUCUGCACCUCCCAAGAUAUCCCUCCUGAAAAUGAACUGCUUUUUUAUUACAGCCGGGAUUAUGCUCAGCAGAUUGGUGUUCCUGAACACCCAGAUGUGCACCUCUGUAACUGUGGCAAGGAGUGCAGUUCCUAUACUGAGUUCAAAGCCCACCUGAGCAGCCACAUCCAUAACCACCUUCCUAGCCACGGCCACAGCAGCAGCCACGGGCCGAGCCAUAGCAAAGAGAGGAAGUGGAAGUGCUCCAUGUGCCCCCAGGCUUUUAUCUCUCCUUCCAAACUUCACGUCCACUUUAUGGGUCACAUGGGUAUGAAGCCCCACAAGUGCGAUUUCUGUAGCAAGGCUUUCAGUGAUCCCAGCAACCUGCGGACCCACCUCAAGAUACACACAGGUCAGAAGAACUACAGGUGUGCUUUGUGUGACAAGUCUUUCACCCAGAAGGCUCACCUGGAAUCCCACAUGGUCAUCCACACGGGGGAGAAGAACCUCAAGUGUGACUACUGUGACAAGCUGUUCAUGCGGAGGCAGGACCUCAAGCAGCACGUGCUCAUCCACACACAAGAACGCCAGAUCAAGUGUCCCAAGUGUGACAAGCUGUUCUUAAGGACAAAUCACUUAAAGAAACAUCUCAAUUCACAUGAAGGAAAACGGGAUUAUGUCUGUGAAAAAUGUACAAAGGCUUAUCUUACCAAAUACCAUCUCACCCGACACCUAAAAACCUGCAAAGGGCCCACCUCCAGUUCAUCAGCACAGGAGGAGGAGGAGGAAGAUGACUCAGAAGAGGAAGAGCUGGCGGACUCGGUGGGGACAGAGGACUGUCGCAUAGGCAGUGCUGUGUAUCCAGCAGAUGACUCUCUCUCUGCACAUAAAUAGGAGAGAGAGAAGCUGACUAUUCUGGAUGGAAAAUGCUAAAGGGAAAAACACAUAACCAGUUAUUCACUACAAUGGUUUUUAUAUAAAAUAGUUUGAUUCCUUCCAGCCAACAGUCAAAACAGACUAAAUGGGAAUGGAUAAAGCACUUAUAGAAGAGUAUCCUAAUGAAAACACUUUUAAAAAGAUUGAGAAAAGAGCACGUGUCCUCUUUUUAAGUGGUGUAUGGGGAGGCAGGUGUCAGCUUUUGAGAGCUAUUCUUUAUUUACAUGAUAAUCUGGGUGAUAGCAUUUAUACCUGGGUCAGAGCUGCCCCUCUGCCCAUCAAAUGCGAUUUAUUUUAAAUUCUUUGAUUAUUUUGUUUUUCUCCCAACCCAUUGAUUUGGUAGCAACCGUUGACUUGGUCCCUGUGUCACAGUCAUCCUGAUUGUGGUUCUGGUGUUAUGUUUUAUGCAGACUUGUGACUUAAACUCAUCCCAGAGUGGAUUGGAACGUAACAGUGUAAGCUUGUUACUCUGACCGCGGCUCACAGAUUUAAAGCACCACCUGCCUUCAUCUCUCCUGGCUGCUGGGGAGUUGAGGGUGGAUCUUGCUUCUCAGAAUCUCACAGGCUCCUAGAGGGCAGGUGAGAAAGGAGCAGUCAGGCAGCAGGCCCUGGUGGAGAGAAGAAAAGGAGAGGCGCCUGGGUCACUGUCCAGAGGCCUUCUGUCCUGUGCUCUGAUGGAAGCUGGGCUGAGAGACCUGAUUGUUCUGAGAGAUCUUUGAAGGUUUCGACACAUCUCUAUCUCCAGUGAAGCCUCUAGCACCCAGACAGUAUCUGGAGGUGUAACAAGCCAAGUAAUGCCUGCUACGUUGUCUCCUGAUAGCAAGGGCAUGUGGACCAACUGACAGGGAGGUGCCUCGGCCCGUGGAAGGGAGGAGGGAGUGAUCCUUUCUAUUUGGACACUCUCUGGAAAGGGUCAAGACACCAUCAAAAUGUUGCCAACUCAGAAGAUCCCUUGGUGCAUUUGCAAGGUUAGGCGCUCCCAGCUGUCUGUGAUGAAAGACCUCAUCAGUUAAAUACGCUGGAUUCCAGAGGAUUUGGAAAGUGCAGAAGGUCGAAUGGUCACCACGUGUAUGUAUUUUCAGGGUUCCAGCUUAAUUCACCUACCCAUCCAUCUGUCACCUGGUCUUUCUCAUGUAUAGCCUGCUUUCACCAAGAAGCGAACACAUCCUGAAGUCAGCGGCUGAUGGAACAUGCUCUCCUGCUCUAAGGCGCAACCUCUGGGCUGGAGUGGAAAGGACUCUGGUGGGAAGGUUUUGCUGCUAAUGUAUUUAUGGAAUGAAUGUAUUUCAUUCAAAUCUGUAUUCCUCUAGGAAGGAUUAAAAUAAAAACUUUUUAAAAAAUGCGA